AUGUCAAACGAGAAUUCCAGCAAUGAGGUGGUGGACUCCAAGAUGCUUGAUGCACUUGACAAGCCACAACAGAUUCACCAAGUUGUCCAAGAGGCCAUUUUACUUGCAGGUGGCGCUGCUGCAAUCUUACUCCAAGUUGCGGAGCCUGGCGUUGCUCAGGGUGUUGAUGAACACAGCAACUUUGCCUACCGUCCUUUGGAUCGUCUUCGCACCACCAUGACUUAUGUCUAUUGCAUGGUCUUUGGGACCCGGGAGGAGAAGGAAGUAGUGAUUGAGAUGGUUCACCGAGCUCACGCAACCGUUAAUGGACCCGGAUACUCCGCGAACGACCCUAGACUUCAACUCUGGGUCGCAGCAACGCUAUAUGCCGUCGGCAUGGACUUGUACCAGCAGAUGUUUGGGAAGUUCGACAAUACAACUUCUGAGGCCAUUUACCGUGAAUACUCCGUUCUAGCUCUCUCCCUUCGCGUUCCCCCGGGAAUGUGGCCGGUCGAUAGAAAGGCAUUCUGGGAGUACUGGAACUACCAAGUUGCCACAAUGGAGAUCACCGACCAUGCGAAACACGUUGCGAAAGACCUUUUACACAAUAAGCGAGCACCAAUUCAAAUCCGCAUGGUGCUACCACUCGUACGUCUCACAACAACUUACAUUUUGCCGGAACGGAUUCGCGAGGCUUAUGGUCUCAGAUCGACCAAGCUGAGACGAGGUGCAUAUCGGGUUACGAUGGGGCUUACAAAAGCGACUUACCCAUCUCUUCCAAGAGCCAUUCGAACGUAUCCCAUGAAAUAUUAUCUGAAAGACAUGCGACAGCGGCUGAAGGGGAAAACAUAA